AUGGCUCGUUCUCAACAACGUAGCCUAGAUGACUUCGUGUACGCUGCUGAUUCUUUAGAAGAAUUGUAUUCUAUAGGUGCAAAGGUUAAGGCUAAUGUGGCAGCCGACGUGCAGAGUUCUGGGAGCGUGGGCUCCAAAGAUCAACCUUCAGGCGCGACCCCCACAUCAAUCCCUAUUGAGGAGAUAGAGACUGAUCCCAUCCCUGAGCUGAUCAGGAAGAAUGCCUUGAAAAGGCAGCGUGAGGAGGCAAUACCUGACCCUGCCCCUGGAACUAAGAAGGUUGCAACUGAGAAGGAAACCGCGCAGCCGAGGAUAAAGAUCAUUCAUCCAAAUCCCGUGCACAAGGCCCCGUCAUCUGCCCCUAUUGAUGCUGCAAAGGGGAAAGGGAGCGUGCCGAAGGUUGUUGGUGAUAAAGCUAUAGAGGUUGAGAAACAUGUUAAGAAAACUGAGGAGGUUGAGAAACCUCUCUUCGAGCGUGUGGAGAAGGUCGUGCAGGUUGAAGAACCUGUAGUGGAGCAGGCUGUCCCAAUCGAACCUGAAAAAUCUAGACAAAUAGUUGAGGAGCCUGCUCAGGAAGUUCAUGAGGAGGGUAAUGUGGCCACUCAAGAUGUGGAGACUAAAGUGUAG